ACUUCGUCCGCCUGCACGCUGACGGGCACUUACUCCAAGGGCGCGGACGUGUCGACGUGCAAGAACAUCGUGAUCAAGGACCUGAGCGUCCCCGCGAGCACCACGCUGGACUUGACCGCUGUCGCCAAGGGCGCGACCAUCACGUUCGAAGGCACGACGACUUUCGAGCAGGCCGAAUGGGAGGGCCCUCUUGUCCUCCUGACGGGCACCGAUCUGACGGUCACGGGCACCGGCACCCUCGAUGGCCAGGGCGCUUUGUACUGGAAGAAGGGCACGUCGAUCACCCGCCCGGUCUUCUUCCGCCUCAAGCACGUCAUGUCCUCGACGCUCAAGGGCUUCAAUAUCAAGAACUCGCCCUACCGCACGUUCAGUGUCCUCGACUCGGAAGACACGACCAUCAGCGGCCUGACCCUCGACUCCAAGGCGGGCGACGGCGUCGCCAAGAACACGGACGGCUUCGACUUGAGCCGCAACAACCGCCUGACGAUCUCCGGCUGCACGGUGUACAACCAGGACGACUGCCUCGCCAUGCAGUCCAGCAACGACACGACCUUCACGGGCAACACGUGCAGCGGCGGUCACGGAAUCUCGAUCGGUUCUCUCGGCGGUGACUCGGUCACGGAAUCCGACACGGUCAGCGGCCUCACCGUCAAGACCAACAAGAUCAUCGACAGCGUGAACGGCAUCCGCAUCAAGACGAUCGUCGGCAAGCAGGGAGCGGUCACCGGCGCCACGUACACGGGAAACACGCUGUCAAACGUCAAGAACGCCAUCGUCAUCCACUCGGACUACAGCAAGGACAAGGGCGGAUACACGGGCUCUGCGACGAGCGAGGUGACGAUCUCGGACAUCACCGUGUCCGGGCUAUCGGGCACCGCCGACAAGAUCUACGACAUCCUCGUCAACCCCAAGGUGGUGUCGGGCUGGACGUUUUCGGACAUCACGGUGAAGGGCGGCUCGGGCAGCUGCAGUGGCGAGCCGAGCGAUGUCAAGUGC